GCUGAUUAUAACCAUCAUACGACCGUGGAGUUACACAACACUCAGUCAGUCCAUGCCCUUGCCUAAUCUCUCGGGUUUUAUUAUGCAUAACAUGCUUCCAGGGUGAAACCUCGACAGCGUAUCAAGUCUCUCGCUUCCUUUGUGUGCAUUUAAUAAGCCCUGAGCCAGGUCGGCUUGACCCAAGUGUCUUUUUUCUUCACUUUUCGCUAUCCACACCUCGCUACAUGUUCUUCUUUUUGGCCAUCUCCAACAACAGAGAUAAGCACGCUAGCCUGUCAGACCGACUUCUGGUCUACCAAUGCAGUUAGUUUAUUGCCAAAAGAAUUAUCUUUGAUUUUUUUCAGAGGUCUUAGUCUUGGUUUUCGGUUCAAAUUUUCUCGAAUAAAGCCCAGCACCCGUUUCCCCUCCUCCUGUGUCAGUGUCGUAAACUGCAGUCGCACGCGAGCGAACGCAACGACAGUUUGAACCGGAUGUACUUUUGCAGUGAACGACAUCUUGAGACUGUCGUCUGUCACUGGGAAAAAAUAUUUACUCGAGCCAACGACAGGUUUUGAUCUUCACAAACGGUUGUAACCCUGUCUAAAGCCUCAAUAUUAGGUGACAUUCAGCCAGCUUUCCGAGCAAGUAGUAUCUCAGUCGAGAUCAUCUGAUCGUCACUAUCGUGCAUGUGUCAGAUGUUGCACCCUCGACCUUCGACCUCGUUACGUAUAAUGCGUUUGAGGACACCAGAUAGCAGUCCUAAAAUAAUAACAAUAAAUUGUGAUGACAGUAUCCUGACAAAGCUCGGUCGGGCUAAACAGCCAUUGUCAAGCGAGGAUAGGCUGCAAGCGACUCAGAUUUCUAUGUUAGAUAUCAUUGACAACAAAGGCAACGCAGUGACAUUUUUUAAAUACUUUAAUCCGAGUUUUGACAACAUUAACACCUAUGGUUAAACUCGUUGGAAAGAUAGGAUAGUCUGGAGGAAACCCGGGAAGCUAUUUGUAUUUCACUAUUUGUAUGUCUACUUCUGCACUGAUGAACCAUUUUAAAAAAAUGAAGGCAUGGCUUUUUCUUUCACCUCUCCAUAACUACAGCUCGGUUCUCUGUAAUGUUACUGCAGGCAUUGGUGGUGGUUGUGGUACUGUAAUAACGAACGCUCAGUGUAAUCGUUCACACUGUCUACUCAUUAGUAGUUUCAUGACAUUCUCGUUGGCCUUUUUCACGCGCCCUCACCGAUUAUCAGAAACCUCAUCCACCGAAUGACCUGAGGUCGUGACUAACAAGUCAAAUAUUAGCAAUUAUUGCUCCUGUGUGGUUUUCUUUUUUUUUUCUCUCUCUCUCUCUUCUGUCUUCGCGUCUUUCGCUGUCCACAUGAUUUGCGCGGCUCGUAUCUGUCGUUCGGCUGCUGCUGUUAUCUCUAAGCAAACAAUCCGUCGACCUGAGCUGCAACCGCCAAGCCUUUUUUUUUUUUUUCUUUUUAGUUUUCUACAUCCUUAUCGUUAUCACGAGAGGAGGGAGGUAGAGCCAUAAUCUUGAACAUUUUUAUACCGCUGUUGCUGCUUGUUAUCACGAAGGAGGGAGCAACAGACAGACCGACCGACCGACUGACCGCAUCAGCCCUGCCGACAUCGAUAGAAUCAAGGGAACCAAUCCAUUAACAUGGGUCGGAUAAACAUAUCAUCGGGUGAAGGGGAGGAAUAUGAGAGGGACCGUAUCAAAACCGUGUCAAAGGAAGGGGUGAGGGUAUGAUGAAGGCUCAGAGAUGGUUGAGAGGGCGCUGUUACACAUAUAUCACGAGUGCUGGGUCGUUUGAGAGAUGGAACUCCUUCAAACCACGGACGCAUAUCUCUGGACUGCUUCCCGAGAUCAUUUCUUAUCCUCUCGCCAAGUUGUAGCCCAAAGAGUCAUAGACCAUAGAAGUAUGUUUGUCAGGUCUUGGAGAAUCAUUUAGCACUUAAAUAAAAUAACUGGGACCACGAUGAAAUUCUUAAAGUCAUCUAUAGACUUGCAAUAAAUUUGUUAUAGUUACUUUUUGUGUUGUUUUGUUUUUUUUUAAAGUUUUUUGGAAGAAGUUCUCAUCCUCCACUUCCCGCGACUGAGACCCAAUAAACUGAAAACAUAACAGACCAUAAAGCUGGAGCUUUGGUACCUCCAUCAACAUCAUCUGCUCUUGUUCUUGAUGUUGAUAUAAACCGGAAGUAAAUUUAUGCUUUGGCCUCGUUCUAGAAAGUUAACGCAGGGAAAAUUUUUCCGCAAGCAGUCCAACAGAGAUAUUCAUUCGUCCGUGCUCAAAGUUUGUUACCGUACUGAGGAGGAGAAUAGUAAACUGAAUUCGUUCCUUUUGUUAGUCUUUGUCAAGGUUCUUGUCGUUUCUCGUUAGUUAUUAGUUCGUUUCACUUCCUUCAAUGCUUGUGUGGAUAAUCUCUGAUUCCCUCAACAGUUUCUCUUUCACAUAGCUCGCGAAAACACAGAGAGAGAGAGAAACCAAUGGAAGCAGAAAAAACCUGGCACACGCCGCUGUUUGUGCAUGUCGGUGUGUUUUUUCACUCUGAUGCCACUGGCGAGUUCCAAAAAAGAAAAUAAAUUGACUGUUUACUAACAGCAAAGAGCGGCGAGUGGUACUGCUACUUUGGGCAACCAGGAAUGCAAGAACUAUUUCUUCGUGACACCGCCAUUAACCUAUAACAUUCUUUUUUUUUUCCUCUUUUCCUCUCUGGAGAUGACAGGACUUCACUGGCUCUAUCGUCAAAAGAUCGUUUCACAUCGACAUUAUUAUUGGCCUGCAGGAGGAUCACCAGACAGGAAGAGCGGGUUUUUUUCCUUCCCCACUUUUUUUCUGUUUUUUUUUUUUUUUAUCUCGGUCUUGGUGGAGGUGAACAACCUUGAUACAACAGCGCCGUGAAGGAGAAUUCCGGACAUUUGCAUCACCAGCGUCUCCUUUCCCGACCUCUCCGUCCUCCCCGUUCCCCAAUCUCUUGUAGCUGGGUCACUGUGACCUACAUUUGCUGACACUGGGUCGAUAGUCUCCCAUGCGUAGUGAGGAUGCUUGUGAAUGUAGCAGUAGUGUGGAGGGCACGCAAAGAACGAGAGAAGGAGGGAUGUGUGUGUGUUUGUUGUUGUUUUUUUUUUUUUUGAACAUUUAAAACAUUUAGAUUAAUGAAAGUACCUUGUGUAUGUGUGGGCGAGGAAGGAGGGGGAGGUUACUACGACCAGUACAUCAUAAAAUAUCAUGUCCGUUUUUCUUUCAGUUGAUUCCAUGCAUUUUUAACAAAGGUGCGUGCUUAAUAAUUUUUAUACAGGAAACCAUAGAUACUAUUCGUCUCCGUAAUGAAAUAGACAGGGCCCCUGGUUCUUAAAACUAACGAAUCUUAAUGUAUACAUGACUUCCUUUCUUAUUUGACCUUUAGGAUGACUAUGUCCACCCACAAUCAUCGUCACACCCGCUUCAGCCUCGAUAUCUCUCUUGUCAUCUGCACUCACUGGUGCAUACACUUUUUUGAAUAAUGUAGACAUUUUGUAGUCACCACCGCCGAUCGACUGUGAUUACCUUUUCUUGUUUCGGCGGAGAUACCACCCCAGCAUGAGACAGGGUUCCCCACAGACUUAUAUGAUCCUGUGUCUGUUUUAUGUACAGUUUGUAGCUGCUUCUUCUUUCUAUGGUGGGACCGGCUCAAGGCUGGCCUCUGGCAUGAAACGAACCUCAUGUUGACUGAUUUGACCCCCAAGGGCUGUGGCGAAAUGUAGGACUUGCUGAGACAAAUUCCUCCCUUUCAUAUAUUUACUUUGACUCUCCAAUAGCUUUGAAGAACGCCUUAAUAAAAACAAGGAGGAAUGAUCUCAACCUGACUCCCCUGACGGAUUCGAUCGCCCGGCUUCGCCUUCUCUCCCUCACUCCACUGGCCGGUAUCUACAUAAUCAGAUUUAGGUCGGUCCUUAAAUGCGACUUCGGAAUUCUCUAAUUUGGUCAAAUAUGUAGGUCCGGAAUACAGAGAACAUUAGCUGUGACAUUUUUCUUGUAUAGUUAGGGGAUGUCAGAGUGUAUGCAAUUUUCUUGCGGAAGAAGCAACUGUGAAGACAGACAUUUCUAGAAGAUCUACAUCAUAUUGAUGCCAUGACACGAAUCUGUAGCAAAAUGAGAAAUAAUUGGCAGGUGGGUGAGGGAAUGCGUUCUCAACUUGUUCGCAUGUUCUGUGUACCACAUAUGUCAAUGCCGUUGAAUGAAAAAAAAAAAACAAAACAAAACACGAUGAUGAUGUAGAUGACGAUGAUUAUUUAAAAAUUUCAGACUUGUCCAAGAUAACUUUCAGAUCAGUAUUUCCUAUCCUGGGAGGGUAAAGGUGUAUCUUCAAAGUAUUAUAGUACGCGCGCACGCACACACACAAACAACAAUAACAACAACGCGGGCGUGCACACACACAAACGCACAAAGAUCCAUUCGCACACAUUACUUAUUUUUACUGUUUUGUCUUUGCUUGUCUGUUUGCUUGUCCCUCUGCCUAUUUAUCCACCAAUCGCAUUUGAAAAUAUGUCAGAUUAUUGAAAAUAUGUCAGAUUAAAAACAAGUACUUCUGUAAACAUUCACGGUUAUAGGAAGUAAUUCAACUUUCAAUUAGGAACGACAGCUAAGUGCUUUCAGAAUACACAUUCUUCCAAAAGGUUAUUAGAUAAUAGCCCUCACACCUAGUCGCUUUUCAUCUUCACCUGCUUUUAACCUUCAAUGUUGAGGGUCUUCGCUAAAGAGAACACCCCAAAUUCUAACAUUUCCCUUUCCUAACCGAGCGAUCAGCUUGCAGGGGGGAGGAAAAGAAUGAAUGGCGCGGCGAGUAGUCUAUCUGACGUCGCCAAUGGACCAGCCAGUCGAUGCUUCCAUCGAUCUGGUUGUGUGCGCGUGCGCUCUCCCAUCCUUCUUCUUCCCCCUCCACCCCAUUCCUCCCUCCUACCCCUUCCUACCUCCGAUCGGCCUCCCAAUGCACGCGCACGCCAGUGCACGAGCGGUGACUCAAACCGUGCACGCAUAAGCUGGUGGAGCACAAGACAAAACGCACUCCCUUACCGUGGACGAUGGUCGGGCCUCCUGGCUGGCCGCAACAAGACAGCAAAAUGCCGAUCCUGCGGACAGGGCAGCUGGUCCGCUUGGUUGUGGUCGUCGUACCUUCUGCAACAGAUGGCACCGACACGUCGGAUUUUCCGUUACAACGAACCUAAAAACCGACAACUGCCAGAGAGACACGCCUGCCUAGCUCGUGACCAUGGCAGCACGCAAGUCCAGGGCAGCCCCUCAACACCACAAACACCAUCAAGAACUGGCACUGCAUCGUUCGACGUCUCCCCGGGCGGUUGACGACAGACGCGCGGCUUCGACAGCGGCGCCGCCUACACCGUCCGACGUGCUUCAGCUGGAUGGAGACGUCAGACGCAUGGUCCGCAGCAUGGUGGGCAGCCUGGAGACCGUGGUGGGCAGCUUGCAUGGCAUCGUGGGUAGUCUCCGCCAACUUGUGUCGCAGAUCGACUCGGUGACAGAGAAGAUUGACAAGUGCUGUGGCGGUGGUGGUGGUGGUGGUGGUGGUGGUGGCGGUGGAGGUUGCGGCAGCCGCGCAACGCCGCGCCAGGCCAGACGUGGACGGCACCUGCCAUCGACUGCCACAUUAGCUGUGACUACCACCACUACCACUGCCGCCACCAUCACCACCACGAGCAGCACCCGCAGCUCGCUUCGUGCAUCCACAGCGUCUGUCUGCGUGCAAACCGCGCACGUGCCUGCCAGAAGUGACGUGGCUGAAUUAUGUUUGGGAGCACGCGUUGGAAAACACCGAUCCCAGGACUGGUCCAGGAGGCGCCCUGCAGUUAGGCCCGGCAACUCUGACUGGAGCAGCAGCAGUCCGUGCGAAGAGUCCUACUCCACGCUCAACUGCAGCACAUCCAUGGUUGGCGGUUGUUCCUACGUCACAGGGCGUAACCUUUUCGGGCAGCUCCAACUUCCGGUUCCGGUUCCGCUUCGCAGCGCAGCUGUGGUGGUGAGCAGACGAUCGAGUUUCCAAGCAGAUGGCUUAGGCGGAGAGGAGCCUCAGCCUGCGUCCCUUAACCCGCUUCCAUGGCUGCUUCCAUCUUCCGAAUGGGGCACCGACCCGGUUUCUCUGCCAGUAGCCUCCUGUCGACGAAAACACUACAUAUCAGCAGACAGACAGAGGUGUGCUUCUGUGGAACCUUCUGAAAUGGGACUUAGUCCAGAGACCUCACCUUACCUCUGGAGUUGUCCUAACCGAUCGAAGGAUUUUCCCCCGUAUCCUAGCCACCGUCACGUGGCCACAAUGUACGCACAGACCAGAGACUCGGAGGAGGAGGACGAGGGAGAGGGGCUGACCGAUGCAGACAUCCAGCACUGGCAGCUGAUGAUGGAAACUAAGUGUGGGUCUGUGGGGUCCCUAACGCCCCAGAUGGAUUGGUCCUACCUCGGGUUGACGGACGCUGCUGCUUCGCAGGAAACGGAUCUCCCCGGAGACAUGGUGCAAGGUGAGGGAUUCUCGUAUCUCCCCGACGGACUGUUGGUCGACCUUCCCUGCCCGAGACUCCAGCCCUACGAUCUGGGGGACUGCUCAAGCCUUCAGAGACUAUCGCAGCGCCGCCCGUCGGAAAGGUCGGAACAGUCGACGAGAGCCACGUCGGACUGGGCCAGUAGCGAGUGCUCGUCCAUCAAAAGUUCCGAUGACGAGGACGAUUCCAGGACGCAUUCCGCGAGUUCCUCCCCUUACUUGAGGCACAAGGUGUACCAGACUCGCUCCAGGCACUGCGGCACCGUGUCGCCCCUCGUGCAGCGAAGAAACGGACAGAACGAGCGGACCAGCGUCUUCGUCACGCGGUCAAAGUUCGUCGUGUCGCAGGCGACAACGUGCGGCGCCACGGCGGUACCGCCCGCGGUGGCGGUGGCACCUGCGGCCUACUGUGGCAUCUACGAGUCGGCCAUGGAGGCGGAGCUGGAGCAGCUGAGCGAGGAGGAGCUGGACGUCAGCGACUUCUCCGACGUCGAGGCCGACGCCGGCAGCGACUUCACCAACAGGUCGUCGCUGACGUCAGGGGAGGCCGAGGAGGGGUUGCUGUACGACCGCAGCGUCAACACGUGGAAGUCCUACACCAUGACACACAUCGACUCCGAUGAUGCGUUGUCGGAAAGCGCAUCUGAUGUCAACGAGAACUUCCUCGAUGUGGCUUACGCCAAGCCUGCGUUCGACGAUGUGAAAUCAAAAUUCAGUGAUAUACAUUUACCGGCGCUAGCCUACUAGAUACACAGCAUGAUAUUUUAAUCCGAGAAACAUUGUUUUGUCUUUCAUCCUGUUUACAUUUGUUAGUAUGAGAGCAGGCUGCUUGAGAAAAUGAAUAGAUAAGAUGCCGAAGAAUAGAAAGACAUUUACGUUUUCCUUUUUUUAUUUUUUAAUCAGCAACAUCCGGGGACUGUUAGUUUGAUGAGUUAGGUCGCAUUUUUAACUGAAUGCCAGAAUAUUAUAACAAGGCCAAAAAGAAAAACUGUUUUCUCAUUUUCAACGGGUAAUUAAUCCGGACUAUUUAUUGUUGAUCUUCCGCAAAUGUUCUUUUAACAUCAGUUUUCGUUCACAAUACAUGCUUUGUUAUGU